AUACGAGGCAGAAACAGAAACAGAAGCCGUCCAAAAUUUUGAAACCCUAAAAAACCAUUCAAAAUUUGGAGUUCUUCCCAUGGAGAAUGCGCAGAAAAGAAUCGCGGCAGAUGUCGAAUCCGAAUUUCCAGAAGAAAUCAUUCAACACAUACAAUCUCUUUUAAGCGAAAGAGAUGCUGCUCGAUCCACUUUCCUAUCCAAAUCCUGGCACCGCGCGUGGUCCACGCGCCCCCACCUCUGCUUCGAUCAAUUCGCGUUUCGGCAUUCCAUGGAUGACUUCCCCAGAUUCACGAGGAACUUUAUGCAGAGGUAUGAAGAUUUGAACCCAAAGAUGAAGAGUUUCAAGCUGUGGAUGGUAGUUCACGACGAUUCUCUCGCUACCGAAUUGAUUUUGAAAGCGAUCAAAUUGGGGGCUAUUGAUCUCACCGUUGAAUUUUCAGUCUGGGAUACGAGUAGGUGCUUUGUUAUACCAGAUGAGGUGCUUGAAUCCCAAACCCUAGCUAGAUUAUCUGUUUCUAGGGCUAUGGUUGAUUUCAAAAACACGAAUAAAUCCCCCAAUCUUAAAUCCCUUAGUCUAUCCAAUGUGACUGUGAAUAGUGAUUUAAUUAGGGAUCUGAUUUCGAGAUGCCCAUCCCUUGAGGAAUUAACAUUGACAAAACUCACGAGUUCCCAUCCCUUUUGUGUUGAUGAGAUGAUCAAACUGCAUAAGCUCAAGUAUUUGCGAUUGGAGGGUUUGGAUAUUAGAGAUAGCUUAUCAAAAUCCUCUAAUUUCAAUUUGUGGCAUCAAUUUCCUUGUCUCAAAGAAUUGGCUAUUGUGGAUUGCAACUCAAAAUAUGAGUGGGACGAUGUGAGAAUUUGCAGCCCAUCGCUUGAGCGCAUAGCCAUAGUCCUACCUCAACCUAGUAGCGUGAAUGCGGAGUUUGAUGUUCCAAAUCUUCGAUACUUCAAAUUUGAGGGUCGUGAUGUUCCGCGCCUCGAGUUCAAUACAACGGGUGGUAGGGGAUGGGAGUCGGAUAUACACGUACAUUGCUCGCCCGACAGGGCCACUGCUUCGUCGUUGAACCAACUUGUGAAAAUGUUGAGCCCGUCACGAGUUCAUCUCACUGUAUUCGUCUGCGAGUUGCCACAUGGUGGAUGUGGAUACAUGGGAGAUGGUUUAGCUAUACCUGUGGUGGAGAGUUUGACGAUACGGGGUGUUGCAGCGCCCCGGGCUUUCCUGGAUGCAUUACUAUGGAGCUGUUGCCCCAACUUCAUAAACAUUCAAAGAUGUUAUGCAGAGAUGGUGGAUGUGGAAGUAUUCAGACAGUUGAAGAUGAAGAUGAAGACGAAGACGAGGAAUCCUCGAGAGCUUCUUCGCUUCCAACGGAAAUAGCUGCACACUAAUCACUUCCUGUUUAAUGAAGUUAGAAUCAACUCUAUAGGUUAAAAUAAAUGAUGAAGAUCUUGAUGAAUUAAAACAUUGAAUAAUAUCGAGUUUUUCAAUA